GCUGAAAUAGCACUUGUCCCCCUCUAGGGUUUGCAUAGUGAACGCCAAACGUCGGGUUUUAGAGUGCAUGACUGUGGCAUUGCAUGAUGCUGUUGUUUGUUCCAGUUGAGUAUGCUACAACGAGGUGGCGGACGCUGCUGGACACGUUCUUCCGCAAAAUUAAGGAGGAAGAGAAGUGGUGCAGGUGCUGCUGAUGUUGUUAAGUGCAACUGGCCACAUCUGCAACAGAUGAUGUUCCUCAGGGCGGUCAGCUUGUCCAAAAGCACUAGAUGCAACUUGGAUGGCCCCCGGAACGAAGAAGUGCAACUUACAGAGGAUAGCACUGUGGAGACACCUCAGGCGGUGCUCAUGUCUAUGAUUAAUGGAUACAAUGGACAGGAGGAUGGCCCAGAUGAUCAUGUGGCAGAUACGCUGCCUUCUGUUGAGAAUCUCCGAGAAAUGACAGAUUCUUCAAGUACCCCGUCUUCUGGCCAAAGCACUAUGAAAAGGCAAAAGAAAGGGAAGAGGAAUGGUCCGACCAGUGAUCCCAUGGAGCUGGAGGCCCUCAGAUCGAGAUUGAGUCGUGUUCCAGACAACUUAGAGUACUUUGUGUUGUCGCUGUGUGACGACAUGCGGAGGUGUCCGCAGCGAUUGCUGCGUGAGAUGAAAAAGGACAUGCUGGAAGUUAUUGACAAAUACAUGCAGGAUGACUAA